UAAAGGUUGCUGCCAUCAGAAAGCUAGGAAGGUGGUUGCGGGAUUGUGCAUGGUGUUUGAUACUCUCACUGUGUGGCCGUGGCAGCUUGACAAGGAGACGUCGAGGAAAAUGAGGGGGAAAACAGUGUCAGGAAAAGCCAUUCUUUUACUCUGUCUUGCCAGCUUUCUUGCAGGAUCCCUCUUUACCAGCCGUCAGACAUGGAAGAAUCACCCUUCUCAAACCAAACAGCCUCAGAAUAUUCCCAUCAUGCCAAACCAUGUCAACUGGCCGCUCGACGACGCAGUGACGCGAGAUUGUGAUCACAAGCGGAAACUGGUUGAAGGAAAAUCUGGAGACAUCAUGGAAGAAGUCGCAAAAACCCAUCAAGCUAUCCAGUCGCUGGAUAAAACAAUUUCAACAUUGGAAAUGGAAUUAGCAGUAGCUCGUACGAGCCAGAGCGGUGGAGUACAACUUCCAUUAAUAGAAAGAGCUUCUAAUCACAGCUUACAGAAGGCCUUUGUUGUCAUCGGAAUUAACACCGCAUUUAGCAGCCGGAAACGGCGAGACUCGGUCCGAGAAACAUGGAUGCCAAGAGGAGCAAAACUGAAGACACUGGAGAAAGAGAAAGGGAUUGUUAUACGGUUUGUGAUCGGACACAGCGCCACGCCGGGAGGGGUUCUUGAUAGAGCAAUCGACGCAGAAGAGGCGGAGCACAAGGAUUUCCUUCGGCUCAAACACGUGGAGGGUUAUCAUGAGCUCUCUACCAAGACCCGGCUGUAUUUUUCCACCGCUGUCACCAUCUGGGAUGCCGAUUUCUACGUGAAGGUGGACGACGACGUCCAUGUAAAUUUGGGGGUGAUGGCGAGUACACUUGCACGGCACCGAUCCAAGCCCAGAGUUUAUAUUGGGUGUAUGAAGUCUGGCCCAGUUCUAUCUCACAAGGGGUUGAAAUAUCACGAGCCAGAGUAUUGGAAAUUUGGUGAUGAAGGGAACAAGUACUUCAGGCAUGCCACUGGCCAAAUCUAUGCCAUCUCCAAAGACCUUGCUGCCUACAUCUCAAUCAACCUGCCCAUAUUACAUAGAUAUGCGAACGAGGAUGUUUCAUUGGGCUCCUGGUUGAUCGGAUUGGAAGUUGAACACGUCGACGACCGUUCUAUGUGCUGUGGGACCCCUCCAGAUUGCGUAUGGAAGGCACAGGCAGGGAAUUUAUGUGUGGCAUCAUUCGAUUGGGCAUGCAGUGGAAUAUGCAAAUCCGUGGCCAGGAUGAAAGACGUGCAUAAGUCAUGCGGAGAAGGAGAUGGAGCUAUUUGGAACGUUAAUCUUUGA